GCGACGGUGCGGGCGGCGGCCGGCGGCUCUGUUUGUGCCCAUGCCCUCUCGCGAAGCCGAAGGGCGAUGGCAGAAGCAGGCGGCCGUGCCCCCCUUGCCCCGACGCCGCCUAGCCAUGGCAGGCACCUGGGGGAGCUGGGCGGCAGCACUCAAGCCUCGCAGCGGCUCUUGGCGUAUAGCGACGCGCUGUUCUCCAUCAUCGCCACCGUUAUGAUUUUACCUGUGGCACAUACAAAGGUACAUCCAGAUCAGAAACUUGGAGAAAGUGUCCAGCAGCUCCUAGCCACCAAAAUUGCUGUUUAUCUGAUGACCUUUUUAAUAGUAACGGUUGCCUGGGCAGCUCAUGUCAGACUUUUUCAGGUGAUUGAACGCAUUGAUGAUGUACUUGCCCUUGCAAAUUUGGGAUGCAUGAUGAUCAUUACUUUUUUGCCAUAUACGUUCUCCUUAAUGGCCUCUUUUCCUGGCGUGCCGUUCGGCAUUUUUAUGUUUAGUAGCUGUGCUGUUGUAAUUGGUGUUAUCCAGGCAAUCAUUGUAUUAUAUGGCUUCAAACAUUCAUAUUUACUGAAUCAUCAGAUACAGGAAUCUGAAAACAAGGCAUUUUAUAAAUACCAUAUCUUAAAGAUUAUCGUGAGAGGGCCAACACUGAGCUUUUUGGCUGCCAUCUUUUCAUUCUUCUUCAUCCCAUUGUCAUACGUGUUUCUUGGGCUUGUUGUUUUUUUCCCCCAUCUCAGCCACCUAACCAGAUGGUUUAGAAGCAGAGUUCUUGGUCAAGAAGAGGAAGUCCCUGUAGAGUAUGUUACUUCUUAUUUUACGGAACCCCUGAGUAAGGAACGGGUGGAAACUUUCAGUGAUGGAGUUUAUGCAAUUGUUGCAACUCUGUUAAUUCUGGAUAUAUGUGAAGAUAAUGUUCCUGAUGAUAACAAGGUUAAAGAGAAAUACAGCGGUCAUCUUGUUGAAGCACUGAGAGAAUAUGGUCCAGAUCUCCUUGCCUACUUCGGAUCGUUUGUAACCAUUGGCCUUCUCUGGUUUGUCCACCAUUCACUCUUCCUCCAUGUGACAAAAGCCACUCGACUGAUGAGCCUCCUUAAUACCCUGUCUUUGGCUUUUAUUGGUGGACUGCCUCUUGCCUACCAGCUGACCAGUGAGUUUGUUGAUAAGUCUUACAACGAAAUAGAAGCCAUUCAAGUUAGCUGUGUCACCAUUUUUUUUGCAAGCAUCUUCCAGUUUGGCAUAUGGAUUGCUGCGUUGUUCCACGAAGUUGAGACGUUGCAUCCUUUUGCUAGAUAUGGUGGCAAAGAACAUGCCUUCAUGUUUGCAAAGCUUUCUCUCUACCCCUGUGUGAGCCUUGCAGUCUUCUUCCUGACAUGUGUUGUGAGCGAGCUAAGUACAACUAUUUUUCACCUCACACAGAUAAUUGUCCCAUUUGCUUUUCUUGCAUUGCGCAUCUUUGUCAGAUUUGGUUUGGUGAUAUUAAACUUUAUAAUGUCACUGGCCAGACCAAGGAACAAUGUUUUGGAAGAAGAGGAAGAAUGCUUAUCCCCGGCUGAAACACUAUCAUAGCUUUCCUUGCACUUUACAUGGAAAAUCAAGAUAUUGCUAUGACUUGGAGAUUGCUGGACUCAGCUACAGUUGAAUUGUUCCUUUCUUCAGAGAUUUUCACCUGUAACUUUUAUUGCGGACUGGCAUUUGGAUCAGUGAGUUGGCUAGAAUACCUACCAGCUCACUAGCCUCACUGAUCAUAGAUGAUUAGUUGUGGAGAAAUCAUAGGAUCCUUGGGAGAAAAUAAGGGCAUCAGCAGUUUCUUGGGAAGUGCCAUUUGUCAUAGCCACUGAAGGCGAUAAUAUGAAUGUCCUUAUCCAUUCCAUGGCAAUUAAAUGACCUGGAGGAUGUAUUAAGCUGUUAUAUAAUUCCAUGUGUGUCUUGAGUUGUAACCCUAACAGCUGCUAUCUGAUAUAUGUAAUCUAGCAAAUCAGUGUAAAGUAACAUGACUAGCUAAACAAAUGAAUUGUGACUCAACAAAUUACUAUCAAGUGUAAUACAAGAAGUAGUUUGUUCAACACUGACAACGUGUAAAGAAACCUGUUCGUUCAGGAUGCUAAAUAUUUAGAGAAUGUUUAGAAAGGGUUGGCUGUCGGUAUAAUCAGAGUUUGCUGGAAGUAGAACCUGAUGAGCGGAUACAUAUGAUAUGGGCUUGUCCCGCAAUUGCCUCAUUUGGAUUUAAUAGCCAUAAAUUUAUUAAUAUGGUUUUUGGAAAAUAAAUUGAUAUUGCUGUGACGCUGAAUUACUGUAUAUCCCAGACAUUUGGAACUUACCAGUAGACGAAGAGCUUUAGAUUUAUGAAGCAAGGAAGAUUACUCUAUUAUGAUGGGAAAAUGUGCCACCCUGAACUUACUACAAGGCUUGAUGAUACGUGUUCACUCUGCUCAUGAAUUGACUUCCUAUGGAUGUAAUGGAAAGACCGAUUAAUAUUACUCCACAUCCUCAAGAUUAAAUGCUGUAUUUAAAACUGAUCUCUUUUCUAUACAUGUGGUAACAUGUUUGUCCUUUUACUUUCUUGGUUUGUGUUCACUUUCCAUUCCCCCCCCCAAUUUUGUAUAUUAAAACAAAUACAAACCUUAAAAAAAAGAUGCUAUUUGAUGCUAGAGCCUUGAAACAUAAUCCUUUGCAAGCCUCAUGCUGAUUUUUGAAGAAAGUUGGCUCAUAGCAUACAGCAGACGUGAAGUAUUUUUCUAGCCCUGUUUUGUGUCCUUUUUCUUCAACAUUAUUUUCCUCUGUUCCACUUAACAAAGUUGCUUUCAAUAUCAAGCCAUUGAGAUUUUGGCUACUCUGCAAGGUGGCCGGUUAAUCCUUAAUAUUGUCCUUAACUUGAUAUGAGAAUUUUUGCACUUGAUACUUGGUGUAGUUUCUCAAUCGAAACUCAGCAUUACUCCUCUCAAAAAAAUAAUAAAUAGUGGAACUUCUUCAAAAGCAUUACAUGGGCAAGCUGUGAAGUAGCUUCUGUUUUCUGUCAGCAGUGCACUAUACUAUAUAAAUGUAAAAUGAACUUAACAAUACUUCACUAACCUGUGUUUGAGAGAUAUGAUACAUUUGCUUUGGGAUAGGUUGAAUUGCAGCAUAAAAUAUUAAGAUCCAACUAUAGUCCCUGAAUGCUGUUUGAUCCUUUAUUAUUUGACCUAUGUGUUAAUUGAAUUGAGUCUUAUUUUUUUUAUUAAAUCUGUUGCAUUUAUUAAGAGUUGGUAUCUUGUAUCAUUUCAGUGUUUCUUUUCAAAAUGUCUUUGUAACUAUUUCAAAUAAAACCUGUUGCCCAAGCAUGGGGAGAAAGAGAA